AUGGAGGAGGAUCACAAAGCUCACCAAGUUACAGCCAUCAUUCCAUCCUUUUCCACCUACCCGAUGCCACUGACCAUUACGCUUACUGACAAGCCGUCACUUGAGAGCUGGGGAAGACAUCGACCAGUAGGAGGUUUGGAUCAGUUUAUGAGUGUGGCGAUACAUAAACACCCAAUACCGCUGCUCUUGAUUUAUAUGCGAAGUUGGGUUGAUCCCACUCUGAAGCCUGCAUUCGAGGCUAUUGUUCGCAUUGGGAUCUACGGGGAACUAGUUAUCAGGGAGCAAACAACGGCUGGCAACAUCGCUUACGGAGUGCAGGCUUCGGGCUACCAGGCUGCUGAAGAAGCUAGACGCACCAAAGAAGUGAAGAUACCGAAUUGA